AUGAAUAAUAAAAACAAAAUAUGGAAACCUCUAAUUUCUGACCCAAAAAUAUUGGAGGAGUAUUCUACUGGAUUGGGCGUUAAAUCUCAAAUUUGUUUCGUAGAUAUUUAUAGUACAGAAGAAACUGAAUUGGAUAUUUAUGAUAUAAAUCCUAUUUCAUUAAUUAUUUUAGUACCAACUAACGAUGAAAAAAUUUGUAAAAAGAGAGAUGAAUUUGGAUAUAAAAUAACUGGCUACCAAAAAGUUUGGUUCAUGAAACAAUACAUUCAGAACUCUUGUGGUGCCGUCGCACUUUUGCAUUCAAUCCUAAAUAAUAAUUUGAUAGAACUAGAAGAGGAAAGUAUUGCUAAGACAUUGUUAAAUUUAAAGAGUGAAUCAAACGAUCUAGCAAAAGAAAGAGGUUUGUAUUUGAUAAAUAAUAAGAAGAUUGAGUAUUUACAUGAAAAAUUGUCAUCAAGAGACAUUUCUAACGAUUGUUUUGUAACAGAAUUUCAUUAUAUUUCUUUUGUAAAUAUUAAUGGAAAUAUUAUAGAAUUAGAUGGAAGACUCCCUUGUCCAAUAAGCCACGGAGUUUUUAAAAGUGGUGAAUUUCUUAAAAGCUCAUUAAAAGUUAUAAAAGAAAAAUUUAUUUAUCCAUUAGGUAUAGAUGGUAAAGUAGCUAUUAUUGCAGUCUGUAUAAAAUAG